GGGUUUCUGGGAACUGUGGCCACUUCACUUCUCCGCUCAGUUCCUUUGCGUGCCACGGGCAGGCCUCCGUGGGUGGACUGAAGUUAGCCAGGACUUAGCCCUUCACUUGGGGGGACUCCGUGGCGGGAUCCUGGAGCAUCCUCCUUGGCCAACGGGGCUAGGUCGUGAGAGAGAAGAAAAGUGUAGGGUGGUGCAGAGAAGGGGGUCAGCUCGGCAGCCUUCGCUCUCCACGCCCCACCCAGGAAGCGUCUGUGGAUGACUGCAAAGUUUCCCUUUUUUCGCUUUCUCAUCAGUGUAAGCCCCACCGAAGUAAGCGCCGGAGAAGUUAAAGCAGUUACCGUAACUUGCAGACUCUCCCGCCCCGUCCUCACCCUUUGUGAUUUCCUGUCUCAUCUCCCUGACUCCUGCGGGCCAUGGGCAGCCGAGACUACCUGUUCAAGGUGCUGGUGGUGGGAGACGCCGCAGUGGGCAAGACGUCUCUCGUCCAGAGGUACUCCCAGGACAGUUUCAGCAAACACUACAAGUCCACCGUGGGAGUGGACUUUGCUCUGAAGGUUGUCCAGUGGUCCGAUUCAGAAAUGGUGCGGCUCCAGCUAUGGGAUAUUGCAGGCCAAGAGAGAUUCACCUCCAUGACUCGUCUGUACUAUCGGGAUGCUUCAGCCUGUGUCAUCAUGUUUGAUGUCACCAAUGCCACCACCUUCAGCAACAGCCAGAGGUGGAAGCAAGACUUAGAUUGUAAGCUCACAUUGCCCAGUGGGGAGCCUGUGCCCUGCCUGUUAUUAGCCAACAAGAGUGACCUAUCCCCUUGGGCAGUGACAAGGGACCAGAUUGACCGGUUCAGCAAAGAGAAUGGUUUCACUGGCUGGACUGAAACAUCAGUCAAGGAGAACAAAAAUGUUAAUGAAGCUAUGAGCCUGCUCCUCAGUCUGACUUCUAGUUUAUUUCCUAGAGUCCUUAUUGAACAGAUGAUGGCCAAUACCAGGGAAGGCAGCACAUCUCUGCCCACACAAGGUGACUACAUCAACCUGCAAACAGUAUCCACACCUGGCUGGACCUGCUGUUAAUUGUGUGCAGCUUUCUCCUUAUCUUGAAUGGGGAAGGUCUGACCAUCUCUUUGUUUUCCUUCCCUAUCCACCCAGCUGCCUAAUUAAGAACUUGUGAUGAAUCUUCUACUGAGAAAACACCAGCCUUAUUACUUUAGAGCAUUUUCUUCUGACCCAGCAGGCUGACACUUCGUUACUCAGACAAGACCUAUAAGUACCUGUGUAUAUUUCUGCAUUGCUUGGAUAUCUGCUCUGAGUUACUCCCAUGGCACAGGUUGUAUGUCCCAGGUGGUGGGUUCAAAGGAGGGCCCUUUAUGCCCCUUUUCAUAAGACCUGAUUGGAAUGUUAUUGGAGUAAGUGUAGAUGGAAGAAAGCACACUUUUUCAUCAUGAACUACAACUGUUCUUCAGGCUAUCAUCCCAUGAAGGCAAUAUCCUGACUUCAGACCAAGAGAACAAAGAUCAAGAUGUUUUCUUGCCAAACUCUUUUGUGGGUCACUACUUUUGUCGUUCUGGACUUUGGAUUUAAGCGUCUAACUCUUGUGUGGCUGUCUGCAGACUUGAAACAACUCUAGAAGUCCUUGUGUUGUAUUUGUGGUUUUAAAAAGGCUCUGAAAUCAGGAUGGGCUUUCUCUCUUUCUCUCCUUAACAGUGGUGGAACUUUUAAUCCAUCUGUCCUGUGUGAUGAGAGUAUCUCUCUUCCUAAAUAUAGACAUGGAGGAAAUGACUAGGAAGUCUUUCUGGGGUCUUUUUACUCAUGAUAGAAGAGUACAGUUUUACAGACUGACUGGUUAAUGAGGAACCUGAUGUUCAUUCAACUCAGCAAAAAACAUUAGUUGGCUAUGAUGUGCUUCUUGCAUAGAAAUGGGAUUUUGAAGUCCCCUAAGUCUGAAAGAAGGAGGAAAUAAAGGGAAGGGGAGAAGUGAGCAAGACUGGCUUCUGAGGGGCUGCUUAGCUCAUGGUAUAAGGUUUAUAGCUGUAGAAAGGUUGUAUGGUCCUGGGGAUAGGAAGGUUUACUAUGUAUGUAACAUUAAGCACAAAAAUCCCAUGAUUCUGUUUCAGGUCAUAGUUCAUUUCUGGAUGGUUGAAUCUUUCCAUGGGAUUGAAGUUUAUAGAAAUGCUCUUUGGGGUCAAUUAUCUGCUCAGGGCUAGAGCUGAGUGAUGGGUCACAAGGGUGAAAGUGAUGAACACAGAGGCCAAGAACCAGGGAUAGAAAGAAGCCAAAACCUUUCCAAGAGAAAUUUAAUCCAUUUAAUACAAUUUUUAUACAAUCCCUAGGUGCUUUCAAAGAUUCCUUUUGUGUUCAAUACAUUUUGUUGACAAUUGUGGGGAUUCCUUUUGUACUAUUAUUCAAACAAGGUUUUUGACUGUGGUAUUCUCAGAUAAACAUCAUGUAAUAGUCACCUUUUGUGAAGGAGAAAUUUAUUUUAAUCUAGUCUAUUGUCCUGAAAAAUCACAAUCAAAUUAUAAAUAAAAGCCUCAUGUGCUCA